UCUCUUUUCAUAUUCAUUCAAAUGGCUGCUCUGUUGAGAAUUAUGGAAAUGGUUCUUUUAGUAGUCCUUGUGACUGCAUUCAAGACACAUGUAACGGCUCAAUCUAGUACAAAUGUGAUCACGGGCAUGGCACCUACUCUUACCUACAUAACCGAAAAUUCCUCAACCCCAUCACCUUCCUGUUGUUCACAACUUACUAGUGUGGUUCAAACACAACUAGAGUGCCUUUGCUCAAUCCUUAAUACCGGUGCUGGUGCCACAUUAGGUCUUGCAAUUAGUCGAACACUAGCUCUUGCUCUUCCUAGUGCUUGUAAUGUUCAAACUCCAUCUAUUGAUCGAUGCAAUGAUUUCCUUGUGGAGAAUUCUGAGAAAAUGAUGUGUAACGGCUUGUUUGAAUGGAAUCAUGACAACCCUAUUUUGUCUCCCAACCAGAACUAAAUUCAGAACUGUGAGCCCACAACCACAGAAGCCCAAUUUCGGAAUUGUUGGCUCAAGUUAUCGCACGGUAAAAGCUAAAGCUACAGCUUCCAUUCUCGCAAAAAUUGUUGUUCAGUAGAAUGUUCGUUAUUUAUGGACAUAUUCUCCAACCCCCUUCCACAAUACUCUUCUAAUUGUGGAAGGUUUUACUUCUUAUGGUCUUUUCUUUAUGUUGUCUUCGAUUACUAAAAAACGGGUAGGUAUUUCAGCUGGCCAUUCCUGUUCCUGAAAGGUUUAUGCGGUUUAGGAGGUCUCACGUUCGAGUUCCUAAUGGCACAAUAUUGCAGAAGUUAACACGGAAGGUAGAGUUAGCUUGCCCUCCUUGCGACAUAAUCAGCACCCUAUCCGUUUCGGCUCUUUUAGCUUGUUCCUCAUGGGACUCGCUGGUAGGUUAGCACGACA